UUCUCCUGUCUCUUGGCGGUACUCUUCCGUCUCCGUGUCUCCGCGAGCUUCGGACGGGUUGCGUGCGUUCAAGCGGGUCAGAGAAGUGUUGCUCCGGUGGAAGAUGGAGGUGGUGUGGCUGGUCGAGGGGCUGGUGGCACUCGCCGUCGCAGGGCUGGGACUGAUUGCUGUGAUUGCACACGUAACUGCAGCAAAGUUGCCAAACCUUAGUAGACAUGAAACAGAAAAGUUCUUUUUGAAUGCAGAAAAUAAGAAGGAAACUGUCCCAAGCAUCCAUGACCCCCCAACACGUGAACUUUCUGUAGUUGUGCCUUCAUAUAAUGAGGAAGAACGGUUACCAUCAAUGAUGAAUGAAACUUUAGAUUAUCUAGAGAAAAGACAGAAGAAAGAUCCUGAGUUCACAUAUGAAGUCAUAGUGGUUGAUGAUGGCAGCAGAGAUCAGACAACAAAGGUUGCACUGAACUAUGCUAAAAAAUAUGGUAAUGACAAAGUGAGAAUCCUCACUCUGGUGAAGAAUCGUGGAAAGGGGGGAGCUGUCAGGAUGGGUGUAUUCUGUUCACGAGGGAAAAAAAUACUCAUGGCAGAUGCUGAUGGAGCCACAAAAUUUGAAGAUAUUGAAAAAUUAGAAAAAGGACUUGAGAGUCUCCAGCCAUGGCCUAAGCAGAUGGCUAUUGCGUGUGGCUCUCGAGCUCACUUAGAAGAAGACUCAAUAGCACAGCGGUCAUACUUUCGAACACUUCUCAUGUACGGAUUCCACUUUCUAGUAUGGUUCCUUUGUGUUAAGGAAAUCAAAGACACACAAUGUGGUUUUAAAUUACUAACCCGAGAGGCUGCUUUUCUGACUUUUUCCACUCUUCAUAUAGAGCGAUGGGCGUUUGAUGUGGAACUUCUUUAUAUAGCUCAGUGUUCUAACAUACCAAUAGCAGAGGUUGCUGUCAACUGGACAGAAAUUGAAGGUUCUAAGUUGGUUCCCUUCUGGAGUUGGUUGCAAAUGGGCAGGGACCUUCUUUUUAUACGACUACGAUAUCUGACUGGUGCCUGGCAACUUGGAACGAGAAAAAUAAAUUAAAUUAUACUUACCGACUGGAUUGUCUCGAUAUAAACAUUAUGCUGAUUCUUGUCAAUACUAUGAAAUAAGAAAUAUUUGAUUACUGUUCUGUACUGCAUUUUUGUUCGGUACUGCAGAUGUCCUAUACAAUAUGCCUUUUCAAAGAUUUUUUUAAAUUUCUAAACUGUUUCUCGAUCAUUUUGCUUUUGAAGAAAUAUUUAAAAAUGAUUUUCCAUUUGCACAAAAUAUACUUAGGGAACAAGAACAUGUGAGUAAUUAUAUAAAAUAUGUGGACUGAUACAGACUCCAGUUUUCAGUGAAAGCUGUCAUUGGAGUUAGCCAAAUCAUUGUUACUUGUAUAUUUGUACACAAGAGGGCAUACCUUUGUAUACACAGUGUGCUUCCUUGUUUGAAAUAAAUAAAGGAUGCUUUGUGCUUAA